GGGAUAGAGGAGUCUAGAGCAGCGCUAGCACCAAAAAACCAUGGCUGGGAUUGUAUAUUUCACCGUCUUUUCGCUUCUCUUUGGGAUUUGCGAGGGUGUCACCGGUUCUCGGAUAUAUCCGGCCAAUGAAGUUACCUUAUUGGAUUCCAAAUCAGUUCAAGGUGAACUUGGCUGGAUAGCGAGUCCCUUAGAGGGAGGGUGGGAGGAAGUCAGCAUUAUGGAUGAGAAAAAUACACCAAUCCGCACUUAUCAAGUCUGCAAUGUAAUGGAACCAAGUCAGAACAACUGGUUACGGACUGAUUGGAUUCCACGUGAAGGGGCUCAAAGGGUUUAUAUUGAAAUCAAGUUCACACUAAGAGACUGCAACAGCCUGCCAGGUGUUAUGGGAACUUGCAAGGAGACUUUUAACCUGUACUAUUACGAAUCAAGCAACGACAAGGAGCGUUUUAUUCGAGAAAGCCAGUUUGGUAAGAUUGACACCAUUGCUGCUGAUGAGAGUUUUACUCAGGUAGACAUUGGCGACAGGAUUAUGAAAUUAAACACAGAGAUACGUGAUGUGGGUCCAUUGAGCAAGAAGGGAUUUUAUCUGGCAUUCCAGGAUGUAGGUGCUUGCAUAGCCCUGGUGUCCGUUCGUGUCUUCUACAAGAAAUGUCCCCUGACAGUCCGUAAUCUGGCUCAGUUUCCAGACACAAUCACAGGAGCUGAUACAUCUUCUUUGGUCGAGGUUCGUGGUUCAUGUGUGAACAACUCAGAAGAGAAGGAUGUGCCAAAAAUGUACUGUGGGGCAGAUGGUGAAUGGCUGGUACCCAUUGGCAACUGCCUGUGCAAUGCCGGGUAUGAAGAGCAUAAUGGAGAAUGCCAAGGUAGGCCUUGUUGCGUUGUACUGUUCAUUAAAGGAUGGUGUAUGUAAUUGAAUCAGAAAGGAGAGUAAAUUGAAGAAAACCAAUAAUUAGCAAUCCCUGUGGGAAUGCAGUGGGACAGCGUGGUCUAAUGAAGAAAUUCAGUAGUUCCAGGAGGCAACACUAAAGGAUGCAUCAUUCUGAAAGAACAAAGACGCUACCAUAAGAUGCAGAAGGCAAAAAAUACAGCCAUCAGAGGGUAGAUUAGAACUGGGUUGCAUCUUGCCACUCACAUUUAAAUGUUUGUCAUCCAUUCAUGUUAUUUCAUUUAAGAGAAAGUGCUUCUUUUUCUCAUUUGAAAAAUUAAAUCUAACAAGAAUCAUGUCAAGGGAAUAGUAGUAGUAGUAGUAGUAACAAGAAUCAUGUCAAGGGAAUAGUAGUAGUAGUAGUAGUAGUAGUAGUAGUAGUAGUAGUAGUAAUAAUAAUAAUAAUAAUAAUAAUAAUAAUAAUAAUAAUAAUAAUAAUAAUAAUAAUAAUAAUAAUAAGGCUAGAAAUGUUUUUUUUUACUUUUAUAAUAGAAAAUAAAGCUUUGGUUUUAAAAUUCUUCUUAGUCUGUGUUUCAAAAUAACUCUUUAUUGUCUCACUUGAGAAUUCUUCCACUAAAUAAUCCUUGAAUGGAUGACAUGGCUGCUUUUGUGAAAUAUUUUUAUUUCUCAAAAAGUCUCCAUUGUUUCACUUACAAAAGAACUUGCUAGGAGGCUAGUCAGAAAUGCAAGAAGUCAUCUGUUUCUCCCUCCUUUUCCUAUCCUCCACAGAAUUAGGGAUUAACCUUCAUAUAAAAGGCAGCUUAUUUUAAAGGAAAGGAAAGAAAAAGAGCUUUAAAUCUUCUUUAUGAUUCUCUUGAUUUUUAGUUAUACAUUAUUAUGAUUUUAUAAGUAGACUAUAGCUGAUUAUGGACUUGAUUGCCCCUGUGAGCCACCUGUUCAAGAUCAGU